ACGGAGAGGUCUCUGCGGAAAGCAGACAGGGGAGGAGAUGGGAAGAUGUGGCAAGUGGUGGGAUCACGCUUAUGUGUCCUUUGUUCAACGAUCAGAAAGAAAAGACUCUUGCACCGAGGGCUGUUCAGUCACAGUGAAUCUCAAAACGUUAAUCGAAUCCCAGAUUGUUUUGUUCAAGAGGUCGGUGGAGUGCACCGGCACAAAGUGCUGGAGUAACUCAGCAGGUCAGGCAGCGUCACCUAUCCACAUUCUCCAGAGAUGCUGCCUGACCUGCUGAGUUACUCCAGCACUUUGUGUAUUAACCACCAUCUGCAGUUCUUUACACAUGGGUUGUCUGACCGUAUGCAUGGCGGUGGUGGUUACCCAGAAUGCCUGCGCCCUGGAAUACGCCCUAUAGACGUAGGAGGACGCAGGCUCCGCGACCACAUAUCGGAAGUGACGUCGGAAGCAUGCGCAGCAACCGCCUCUGACAUCGGCACUUCCGGAAGGUCGGCGGCAGGUAAAUACCAGUGGGACAGCCGCGCUCUCUGACGCGUUCAAUUCAAUUACCGUUUGUCGCAUCAUCUGUUGCCAUCCAGUUCUGACCAAUCAGAUCGUUCUGUCCGGUGAUGUCACAAAGAAGCGAAGGCAGGGUCCGUGGAAGAUACGCCCACUUCGAACGUCACGUGGUCAGGCGGAUACAUUGAUUGGAGGCUGCAACAUGAGCGAUGCUGUCUGACCUCGUGAAUAUUUUCUGUAUUGUUUUUACAUUUCAAUGUAAAAAAACAUGUUUCAAGUUGAGGAAAGGGGCGAGGGUGAUGCCACUAAUAUUUCCAGUCGGAAACACCGGCCACAGAUCCAUCACAUGGUGCAGCCGCCGAGUGGGUUCCCGAGUCACGUCCGGCAGAAACCAUUCCAGCAAUCCGGCAUCCGCAGAGAAUCUGUGGAAAAGGACCCAAAGUGCUGGAGUAACUCAGCGGGCCAGCACAUCAACACCGGGGAGAAGCCGUUCACUUGCACCGAGUGUGGGAAGGGAUUCACCCAGUCGUCCAACCUGCUGACGCACCAGCACACCCACACCGGGGAGAGGCCGUUCACAUGCAGCGAGUGCGGCAAGGGCUUCACUCAGUCGUCCAACCUGAUGAGGCACCAGGAGGUCCACACCGGGGAGAGGCCGUUCACAUGCACCGAGUGCGGGAGGGGCUUCACCCGCUCCUCCAGCCUGAUGAGGCACCAGCUGGUCCACACCGGGGAGAGACCCUUCACCUGUUUUGAGUGCGGGAGGGGAUUCGCUCGCUCCUCCAGCCUGAUGAGGCACCAGCAGGUCCACACUGAGGAGGGACCCUUCAUCUGCACCGACUGCGGGAAGUGCUUCGGCAGGUCGGCCAACCUGCUGACCCACCAGCGGGUCCACACUGGUGAAAAACUGUUCAUCUGCACCGAUUGCGGGAAGGGCUUCACCCAGUCGUCCAACCUGCUGACGCACCAGCACAUCCACACCGGGGAGAGGCCGUUCACCUGCUCCGAGUGCAGGAAGGGAUUCACCCGCUCGUCGGACCUGAUCAUACACCAGCGGAUCCACACCGGGGAGAGGCCGUUCACCUGCACCGCGUGCGGCAAGGGCUUCACCCAGUCGUCCAACCUGCUGAGGCACCAGCGGGUCCACACCGAGGAGAGGCCGUUCACCUGCGGCGAAUGUGGGAGAGAGUUCACCCGGUCCUCACAUCUACUGAGACACCGACGAGUGCACGCUGAAGGGAAUGUUUAACCAUUAGCCGAGACACCAGUGAAUGACUGCCAGUGUUUGAUUCUGCCAUUACUGCCUCUGUUCAUCACACCCAGGACUGAUCCUUGGUCACUGGGCACAGUCGGGGUCUGUUUAUGCUGAUAUUAAUCGCCCCUGUAACUGGGCUGGAGUUUAAUGUUCUGCAUCUGUCACAUAUAAAUCUUUUAUGGUUGAAA